CGUAGCCUUUGGAAUUCUGUAUUUGGUGCUUCGCUCUCAUAUAUGCAGACAAAGUAACAUCAGAAAGAAAAUCCCACGUAAAGAUAUCGCUAGGGGUGAGCCGGAUAAGUACCUACCGUAGGUAGAUAGGUACUGCUUCAUGGGGUGUUUUUCUUUCACCUAAGUUGCAUAACUGGCAUUAACACUACUAGGUACCUAGGUGAUCUAUUAAUGCUUAUCUCUUAACAGGGCAACCGACCGAAUCCUCCCCAUGUUUUCAAAAUUUCUAAGGCUUUGGGGUUUUUAGCCAGAGAUGGAUGAAGAACGGAAUGGUGUUGGCGAUUGCCUUAGAGUUAUCUACGAGCCUCCCAAGGAUAAUAGCAAUCCCAUUAUAGACAUUGUCGCGGUACACGGACUUCAUAGCACAUACACCAAAACCUGGUGCAUGCCAGACGAAGAAAUCGAAGGACUGGGUCCACUGCUUUGCCAAUUCUCGUCAUCGGCUCGAGUGUUUGCCUUCGACGGUGACAUCCAGGAGGGAACCGUGCUAGGUGAAUCGGGUCUAGAGAAAACUGCCGCUUCGCUAUUAGAAUCGAUUUCUACAAGGGAAGAUAAGAAGCGACCUUUGGUCUUCCUUUGCCACAACGUGGCUGGAAUAAUUGUGAAAGAGUUACUUUGGAUUGCUAAUCAUGACGAAAACUACAUGGAUAUUGCCCUGGCAACAAGAGCCCUGGUUUGUUUCGGCACCCCGGACUCCUCUUGCGAUUGGAAUGAUGUCCUUUUCAGACUGAUCCUAGCGACUACCGACUCCAACGCCCAUAAAGAUACAAUAGCUCACCAAAAAGAACGGAAAGAGCUCAUAGACAGAGGGGCAAAUGCUCUGAGUGCGGCUUGCGCUAGAUACGAUAUGAUCAAGAAUCAAUAUGAGAUUGUUUCAAUUUUCGAGGAGCUUCCUACAGUUGGGAUUGGAAUUGUUGUUACAUGCAAUCAAGCGAAAGAAUCACACAUCCUUCUACGGGCAACUCAUAAUCAACUCUGUAAUAUCGAUUUAUUGCCAGACGAUGUUGUUAAUACUGUCAUACAAAGCACGGCAACGGAGAAGAAAGCUUACCAAUAUAGCGCGGUUGCUUGUCGUCAAGCCCUUGCGAGCUUCUGUGAGCAAGAUGGGAACCCUGGGGAGAUGACUCCGGGACCCUCGUCACCUAUCACCUAUCAAUUCUACUCGGAUUUACAUGAGCGAGGACGAGGGAUAACCACAAUAUAUGGAAGUGCGGGAUCUGGGAAAUCUGUGCUUGCCAGCCAAAUAUCGACAGCGAACUGCUUCGAUGACAAGAAUAUCAUCGUGCUUUCCUACUACUUCAAUGCUGGCGAUUACAGAAGGAGCUCAUACCAUAACUUGCUUCUCUCAUUCAACCUUCAGCUCCUAUAUUGGGGAGAUACCCCGUUUGAUAGUGAAUAUGUUCAGGGAGUAUAUACUAGAAUGAGGAUUUCGGGAAACGCGUCAGCAACCAUGUCACCUGAUCUCUAUCAACUACUCUGUGGUAUGCUCAAAAGGCUAUCUUCGUUCGAAAUUAUCUUUGUUAUUGAUGCCCUGGACGAAUGCGACGAGGGCUCCCGUGGUCAGCUUAUAGGCGACCUUCGGAGACUAAUGCUCCAUAUCUCUUCCAGCUACAAAGUCUUCAUAACUUGCCAACCAACCGAUAGCAUAGUGGCUCUACUAGGGCCAUUCGAGGAAUCUGAUAGCAUUAAUCUGGAUGAACAUUUGGAAGAAGUAACGAAACCCCUUUUAUGCAACGAGAGAUUUGCAGAUAUUCGACAUCGACUCUCAGGAGUGGGCAUGACGCCGCUAUUGAUCAACUUAGUCUCGGUCCUUUAUCAGCAAAAAGGGGCGAAUAAGAUACCUGAACAUCUGGACUACAACACAGUAUAUGAACAGAUAAUGACGCAAAUCGAUGCACCAGAACUAUGGCUUCGACAAGUGCUACUUUCCGUUGCCUUCGCUAAGCGGCCAUUAGCAGUCUGUGAAUUAGCGGGCGCAAUAUGGAUGGAGCCUGAUAAUAUGCUCGGCAAUGGUCAACUUACGCUGCAGAGGAUUCGGAUUGGAGCGCCCAAGAAUUUAGAGGAAGACCUUAGAUUCGCCUUAUACCCUUUGAUCCGCGUGGACAAUGGUUUCGUACGUUUCAUGCACGGCACACUACGUGACUUUGUUCGGAAUUGGCUGAGCGGCCUCGUACUUGACCAUAACCUCGAAGAUAAAUCUGCCGAAGGACGGUCAUACAUGCUCCAGAAGUGCCUCGACGUGCUCUCUAUACCGGAAGUUCGGGGUAUUAGCGGCUUUCCGACAAAAAGGCGACCUUUCGAUACUCUCUGUGACCCGCCUAUUAGUGAACGCCCCCAUAGUUUCGCCUUCUAUGCAGGUUCCUGCUUGGCGACCCAUCUGGCAGAAAAUGCUAAAGACGGCGAUAAUAACGAUUGGUUUACCCCAGCCGCGCGAAAUUCUUUGUCUCUCUUCAUAGACAAUGUUGAUGCCAGAUCUUGGUGGCUUCAGAAAUUCAUACGGGUUCAAGCUGAGCCUUCUCCUAAAGACGACUCAACAACUCCCGAUGAAAUCUUCCAUUAUUCUGUUUCCCUAGGCUGCCAAUCGGUAAUCAGAAUCCUACUGCCAAAAAUCCACGAAAAAAGUAGUAUCCAAUCUGCUUUUUUCACAGCGCUUCGCUGCGGGUAUGUGGGGACCGCCCAAGUUCUCUAUCAGGCCGCCAAUAGCGACAAUGAUUUGUGGCUAUCUGCUUUCGAGAUAGCAUGCCAAAGCGGCCAUACAGAGUUGGUGGUAUCGAUAAUCUCAUGGUGGCCAGAAGGCAUUGAGCAGCUGUCAAAGAAAAAGUUGAACGACUGCCUUCACUUGGUCGCAAAAUAUGGCUAUUGGGAUAUCAUCUCAAAACUGCGAGUGUUCCUUCCAGACUUGAUGAGAAAUAUCGAGAGAGAUAAAUUAAAAAAGUUGUUUGAAGUAGCUGCGGAAAAUGGGCGGGACGGUGUUGUCUCUGAGUUGCUCCUAUUGCACAAGGAUGCUGGUUAUACGAAUGACAUACCUGAUAAGACAGCCCAAGAGACGCUGGAUACAAAAGAAGGCAAUGAAGAAGGGGACAGUGACCAUAUUCGUAAAGAAACUUGGCUAACUAAUGCGCUUUUCAAAGCCGCAGAAUUUGGCAGUGCCGCGUGCAUCUACUUUUUAGCACCUCAUUUAGAUCUCGAGUACGCGCGAGGUGCGUGGAGAUGGACAGCCCUACACCAUGCAACAAUGGAAAAUAUGGCCGAAGCUGUGGAGCAAUUGUUAGAUAGCGGGGCUGACAUUGAAUGUCAGGAUGGCCAGGAUGCUACACCACUGUUAUUGGCCUGUCUUGGAGAACAGAUGAGGACAGUCCGGGUCUUAUUAGAUCGGGGAGCCAAUCCAGAUCAUAUUGCAACCGACUCGGCAAAUUACCGCGCUCUUCACAUCGCUGCCCGACAGGGCAAUGAACCUCUGGUUCGAGUUCUGCUGGAAGCGGGUUCUUCGGAGAAUGCGAGACUCAAGAAACCGAUGUGGGAUACUCCUCUACACCUUGCAAUAUAUCAUUCACAGAACGACACCCAAUACGCCCAGACAGUCAAUACACUUCUUGAGUUCGGCGCGGACGUUGAUGCGCUGAAUGGAAAUAAUAUGACACCGUUGCACAUUGUCAUCAAAGAAAGCAAAGACGAGAACAUAGCGAAAUCCCUUGUGAGAUUUGGCGCCAAUAUCGAUAAAUUGGACGGCGAAGACUACUCCCCCUUAUACUAUGCCAUCAAGGAAAAUAGUCCCAUGGCUUCGAUCUUGUGGGAUCCUCGAGGCAUCAUGAAAGACAGAGGGGUAUCAGUCCUAUUUGCGGCAGCAUCACAAGGAAAGGUCUUGAGGGUUCAGCAACUACUGAAAGCAGGCUACGACAAGACCGAGCAGGAUUCCUGGGGUAGAACAGCUUUUGACGUAGCUAGCAAUCUUGACGUGCGCGAAUUGCUCGCACCCGAUACACCUGUAGCUACAGGCGUGGCACCCGAGGAGUGGUGCCCUUUCAUCGCAAAAAAGUCUUAUCACGGAAGCUGGUCCUGUGAUAAGUGUGGAAUGAAAUUGGAAAACACGACGUUCUAUCAUUGUUGUGUCUCAUCAGAUUGUUCAACUGGUAAGAUUGUGGACUUCUGCGAGCCAUGUAUGGAAAGUGUCAGGAGUGAAAAGGAUUAUGAAAAGGUUUUGAAGCGAUUUACAGCGGCAUGGCUAACUUCAUAUGAAGAAUUUUCUCCAGCUAUUGGUAGCUUUGGUAGCAAAAGUCCAGAUUGAUAGGUACUAGUGACCCCUAUUCUCAAGGUUGACUAGUAGGGGGGGACGAAAUAACCUUAACGCUUAUUUGGAUCCCUAAUCCUACCCAUUGAUCAGACAUAUUGGAUUAUUGACGGCGGACCAUAAGAACAAAUCCGCUAACCCGCGAAUUCAUUUAUGAUUUAAUGUAUUGAAAUGUAUGCAGUAUAAUACAGUGUAGUAACGUACGGUUUGAUAGAUAUUAUACACUGUAUUCUGAGUCUUACAGGGGUUCAUAGCGCUACAAGGCGCUGAACGCCCCUGUAACUUAUAGGUGGCUUUUUAGGUAUUUAGGUACUUAAAAAGCAUAUACGCGUAAUAGUUUAAAAUAAGG